AUGAUAUUGUUCGUGGGUUGUGUUGCUGUAGUGUGGGCUUCUCGGCUCUUGAAAAAGGAGCAUCCAGAAUUCUUGCCAGAAGCUAUCGAGGAUAAGUUACGGACUGUCCCUUAUGAGGCCGUACCACCCUCGGGGAUGGAUUCCAUCGAGGUCGGAAAUGAUUUACAUGUAGAAGAGGUUGAAGAUAAAGCCAUUGACAGUCCGAAUCCAGAACCGCCCAAAAUUAUCGUUCAAUGUCUCAGUGAUCUGCUCGAUCCAUUUCGGGAUGAGAGGGAUUCUGGCGAGCUAAUUUUCACUCCCAUUGCAUUGCUUUUGGGUCUGAGUAUUCCACUAUGGUGGCCGCUGACUCAAACCGAUGAUGGUACGAUUGAGCUUGGUAAACUUUGUGACACACCAAAAUUGCAUCCAGGUGUGUGGUCCGGUGUACUGUCUAUUGCAAUCGGGGAUAGCAUGGCGGCACUUGUGGGUCGUGCAUGGGGUCGGAUACGCUGGCCUGGCACACAUCGAACACUCAUGGGCUCGACAGCGUCUUUUUUAUCUCAGGUUUGUCACUGCUUUAUUUCCACUAAUCUUCGUGUAUUUUCGACUACUUUAGAACCGCGCCUGGGUGAUUCUAACACCCAGUCACUAGUUUUUCUUUACGCUCCCAUCUCGUUCCCCACUGAAUGGUUCUGA